AUUCUUAUUACCCGUUCACUAUUCCGUUACUGGACUUUGAACCAUUUCCUGUUCCUAGUCUGACGCCUCUUUCUGUCUCAGGCCUUUAGUGACUACAUGUACUGUUAUCAGUACCUAGUAGUAAUUUAGUACAUAUGUACUGCUAGUACUGUACGGUACCUAGUACUACGGGGUCCAGUCUCCAAUUUUGAAACAAUUCGAAUCAUUGGGUUACUUGUUCGAGACGAAGAAUCCCAUUAACUAGUCCAAUCCUGUCCUGCCUCGCCUGACUUCCAACAUCCACUGCCCUUCAUUCCUUGUUUGCUUGCCUUUUGUCUUGCGUGUUCGCCACUGCUUUUUCUGCUUUUUCUGCUUUUUCAAACUUCUUCACCUUUACCUCACCCCAAAAAAAUAUUCGCGUUUGGGGUUUUUUGUUCAUUGUAUCAACACCAAUUAUCAUCAACACUCGCUUUACGCACCACCCUCUCUAGCACACUUUCAUCUUUUAUUUAAUAUUUGGUAGUGACUUGAAGUUUGCCAAGAAAAUUCUUUUAUUAGGUACUACUAGUUCAUUCUGGAGUAAUCUUGUCUUGUCUUGUCUUGUCUGGUCUGCAUUAGGAUUGCAAUACACCGACCGUCACGAUGUGGAUGUCAUCGGCUCUGCCGUACAUCACUUUGGCAGCGGCCGCAUUGUCCGGUGCGCUUGCUCAAAGUUACGAUACUAUCCCGGAAAUCGAAGUCUAUGGCCAGCACUUCUUCUACUCCAACAAUGGCUCUCAAUUCUAUCUGAAGGGCGUCGCUUACCAAGAGAACUACGUUGCCAAUGGUAGCGCAAAUGCGAACGCUAAAUACACCGAUCCCUUGGCCGAUGCCUCGAAGUGUUCUCGAGACAUCCCUGUCAUGAAGGAGAUCUUCACCAACGUCAUUCGAGUCUAUGCGAUUGACCCUACUCAGGACCACGAUGAUUGCAUGCAGCAGUUAGCUGAUAACGAUAUCUAUGUUAUCGCCGAUCUGAGUGAGCCUGGUACAUCAAUCGAUAGCAACAACCCCGAAUGGAAUGUUGGUCUUUACACUCGUUACACUGCUGUGGUUGAUUCUUUGAACAAAUACAAGAAUGUGAUUGGCUUCUUUGCUGGCAAUGAAGUCAUCAGCGCACAGAAUCAAACUGUUGCCGCUGCUUUCGUCAAGGCUGCUGUCCGAGAUACCAAGGCAUACAUCAAGCAGAUGAACUACCGCUCCACUUUAGGUGUAGGUUACGCGACUGCCGAUGUUCCCAGCAGAGACGAGUUGGCCCAUUACUUCGCCUGUGAGCCUGAAGACGGCACAAUCACGACCAUUGAUUUCUGGGGUUACAACGUUUACUCUUGGUGCGGAGACAGCAACUAUGUAGAGUCCUCGUAUGGAGAACGUGUGGAAUUCUUCAGCGAUUAUCCUGUUCCCGUUUUCUUUGCAGAGUAUGGCUGCAUUGAUUUUGGUGGAGAAGCUACAGAGAGACCCUUCACUGAGGUUGCUGUUCUUUACGGCAACAUGACGUCUGUUUUCUCUGGCGGUAUAGUCUAUGAGUAUUUCUACAACGAGGCGAACCCCUACGGUCUAGUUCAGGUUGACGGCGACACUGUUUCGAAAUUCCCCGAUUACACAUCCCUUUCGUCGCAGCUGGCAAAGGUAACACCGUCUAGCACCGUUUCAGCUAGCUACCAACCUUCCAACAGUGCACCGGCUUGCCCCACUGUCGGUGGUACCACGUGGGCUGCAGUUGCGUCACCUCUGCCCCCUGUAGUCAACCCUCAGCUUUGCGCUUGCGAGGUCGCCAACUUGCAAUGCACUGUUUCCUCGGAUAAUGAUGAUGACUAUGCGAGCGCGUUCGAUUUCAUUUGUGGAGCCAACGAGGACUUCUGUGCCGGAAUUGCACACAAUGCAACAACUGGUGAUUAUGGUGCCCUUGGUGGAUGUUCACCCAAGCAGCAACUUGCUUGGGUUGCCAACCAGUACUACGAAGCCAGUGACAACAAGCAGAGCGCCUGCGAUUUCAACGGUGUGGCCAAGACACAAAGCCCAACAACCUCGGCAGGCUGCGCGGCUCUAAUCUCAGCAGCUGGCACUGAUGGCCGAGGAACAGUUCCUAGCCCAACAGGCCAGCAGGGUACGGCUGCGGCAAGUGAUUCUUCUGAGGGUGCUGCCAUGAGCCUCAUGAACACACCCGCCUUCUUCAACUACGGCACAGCAUACUUCGCUGCCUACGUAAUUACGGCUCUAGUGUCUGGAGUUGGCAUGUUUGUACUGUAAAUGGAUGAUGAAGUGGUUUCAAGACUUUGAUAAUUAACGGUGGGUAUGGCAAUCCGUUUGUAUGUGUACUAGAUUGUGUUUUCUGCUCCGCAGUUACGAAUGAAGGAGAAUACGAGAUGGAAAGUUAAUUUGCUAUGAAGAAGACUAUGUGAUUGGUGUUGUGUUCUCAUUCGUGCAUGAAGUUGUAUGCAUGCAUGUGUGAGGCCAAGUGAGGUCCAUGAAUGAUAUGGACCUACCUAAUAUUGCUAUGGAAAAGGAGAGCAUUCUCAAGAUUGUACAUUAAAGCUUUACCGAAAUCCAUAAUCGAGACGCGCAAUCAUCCUUUCUCAA